AUAUCUUCCUACCAUGUCAUCAUAAUAAACAACUCUUUAAUUAAACCCUGCCUCAUCUGUGCAGUUUGUGUGUGUUUGGGUUGUGGUUUUUUUUUCUUUUUUUUAGCUUGCUGGGACUCUAAUGUACCUUCAAAGGACAGGACUAUUUGAUAGUGGUGAUAGAGGAGCAUAUACAAUUCCUCCAAUUAAAUGCUAACUACAAUUGAUCAGAUUUAUCAGUACAACAUAUUCUUAAUAAGUAAACACCUUUCAUUUAAGUAUUAUUGAUCUAAAAUGAUCACAUUUUGUAAAGAUUUGGAAGUUUUCUAUUUGUUAGAUGUCGUGAAUAAAAUGUCAAAUUACACAGAAUUAUUAGACAUGAAUCCAAACUUUCUUUACUGUUUUUAUGGCCUGGGUUGAAUAGUGAUGUCUGUGAUUAAGACAUCGAUUACAGCACUUAAUCAUUUAGAUCAGCAUGCUGCACUAUCACCAUUCUAAAAAUUUAAUGUGACAUGUGCUGGAAUGUAUAACUACACCUUAGUGUCCUCGAUGGAAGUGACGUGUGCCCUUUCCAUAUAAGGAGCGAUCUAUUUACAGCAGUAGUAGUGAUGGAAAAUAAAGACGAGCCUGUGAUCCGAGCCUUAUGUUUUAAUGAUGUGUUUUUGGUCUUUAGAGACUGAGAACAUGGGAUGAAUGAAUGAGUGUAAACAGAGAGGGAGGAGAGAACAGUGACAGGUGGGCUGAGGUAUUGAAAGGAUGGACAGAAGGAGACAGAGGAGGAGGGGAAGAAGUGGAUGAGAGGAGGGCAUGAGCAGUAUAUAAGACACUGUCCACCUCUACUUCCCUUACACAGCCGCUAGCUUCUCAUUUUCUUCAACGAAAGUAAAGGUAGCACUUUUCUCUCACUCAGAAUGUCAACCCUGAAUUCAGAGAACGCCUCCACCCUGGAGAACGCCAUGCAGUUGAUGAUCCAGACCUUCCACAAGUACUCUGGUAAUGAGGGAGACAAAUACACACUCAGCAAGAGUGAGUUGAAAGAUUUGCUUACCCAGGAGCUAGGAAACUAUCUUGGGAAUGCACAGGACAAGGAUGCUGUAGAGAAGGUGAUGGGUGACCUGGACUCAAACAAUGAUGGUGAGGUGGACUUUACAGAGUUCGUCAUCCUAGUCGGAGCGCUUACCGUUGCCUGCAACGACUUCUUCCAGGAGUACAAUACAGAGAAAGGUGCUAAGAAGGAUUAGAUACUGUUUCAUCUCUCUGAACCAAAGCUAACAAUUGACCACUGAAUGAAAAAAGGAGAAAUGAGAAAAAUCUAGCAGGAUAUAUAUGUGUAUACCAAUCUACACACACCCAUAGCACCAAUAUAUAAUUCUACACAUACUGGGCCUCAGAACACAUCUGUUGGUGGUCAUACGGAAUGAGAGCAAACGGAAUCCAGUUCAGUUGAAUAUGUGUAUAUUGUCACUUUGUUUUUCUUUCAUUUUUAUUAAACACCCUUUUGUGUCUGUUGAUUGUAGAACCACAUUAUCAACAUUAUAAUAAAGAUCGCAUUUUAAAAUCA